AUGCAUAUCCAUAAGCUCCGCAAGAAGGCAAACAAGAAGAAGGAGGGAAAGUACUUCACCAAGAAAAGUAUAUUAAAGAAGCUCUACCUGAAGGAAAAAGAGUUCCGGAAAUUGUGCAUUUUCAAGGGCAUCUACCCCAAAGAUUUUAAGGAAAUCCCAUUAAAGUACCGAACGAAAUUUUACAAGCAGAAGGUAUACUACUCCAAAAAUGAUUUCAAAAAAUUGGCCCAUGAAAAAAUUAUUCAGGAUUUUAGAAAAAUACAAACAUGUUUGAAAAAGUAUAAAAAGUAUAAAUUGGCAUUGGAGGAUGAGGAAAAAUGUAAGAGCUUGAUAAAAAACUUCCCCAAGUAUACAUUAGACCAUAUAAUUAAGGAAAGGUUCCCUGUAUUUUCUUAUGCUAUAGAAGAUUUAGACGAUGCUCUUAGUGCAAUAGUUGCUUAUUCGCUACUUCCUUCCAAUGAGAAGGUCGGAAUUCAAAACCGAUUUGUUACCAACUGUGAAGUGAUAAAGAAUCACUUUCAUUAUUACGCUUACAAAACGAACAGAAUAAAAAAGGCGUUCAUAACUGUAAAGGGUUAUUACCUACAGGCAGAAAUUUUGCAGAAAAAAGUUACUUGGGUUAUCCCCCAUACAUUUACUCCAUACUUAGAGAAAACUAUAGACUUCUCCAUCAUCACGACUUUUAUAGAAUACUAUAUAUGUCUGCUCAAAUUCGUCCUCUUCAAACUUUACAAAAUGCACAAUAUGACAUAUCCUCCUGAGCAGAGCGAACUGCUAAAAAAUGAAAAACUCAAGCACCUUUCAUAUGACCAGUGUUUGAUUUCGCUCUGCAAAGAGAAAUUCCCUAACGCCCACGGGCAGGGGCAGGAAUCCAACCAAGGAGAAGGAAAGCCACUGACACUGGAUAGCAGUCUUGUCUCGGACACCCAGCCUGUGGUGCUUUCUCCAGAGGAAGGUAUCUCCCAAGUAGAGGAACAAAACCAAAGUAAGAUUCUCCAGGAGGAUGAAGAAAUUAAACAUAACAUAGACGAAGAAAAUGAUACCCUGAAGGAUCUCUUCAAAAAUCAAGUAUAUUAUAUCCACACGGAUAUGCCCCUGGACAUACUUUCUCUCAUUAUUCUUUCUUCUGGAGGUGCCAUAGGAUGGAAUUCUCCUUACUCUCCUUAUCAGCGGGAAGACGAGAGAAUCACACACGAAAUUUUAGAACCCUAUGGCGAAGCCAAGCAAAUGGGACAAGAAAAAAUUGAGAGGAUGUAUGUGCAACCUCAAUACAUAUUCGACUGCCUUAACAGAAAAAAAAUCCUCCCAUGUAGUGACUACUCCGUGGAUGUGAUAAAUUUACCUGUACACCUUUCUCCAUUCAUUGAGGAUGAUAACUUUAAAAACUUCGUAAAAAAGGAAGAGUACGCCAUUAACAAGUUGUUAAAAGAAGAAGCAGAAAAAAAUGCCCAAAACAGUGACACAGAGGACACACAAAAAAAUGAGCAUGGCCAUGUAAAUAAAGAGGAUGAAUUCCUCAAAUCAGACGAUGAAGUAAGUAAGGAAAAACUGCAACUAUUUAGAAAUGCAUGCUUAAAUAACCAAAUGGAGUUGGAAGAUGAAGACAAUUACGUUUCAGUUGUAGAUACCAAUACAAAUGCUUCUCAUGCCAAGGAAGUGCAGUCAGCCCAAACGAGAGAAAAUAUACAGAGACAUAAAAUAGCUCUCAGUAAAAAGAAACGAAAAUUGUACACAAGAAUUGAAAGAGCCGAAAGGAAACAAAAAUUGGCCAUCAACAAGUUUAUUAAUAAAGCCUGA